AAAGAGAGAGAGAGACAGAGAGAGAGGGCGAGAGAGCGCAGGCUUGCUCGCUGGCUGGCGAUCGCGACGCAGACAUAGCUUACUGCAAAGGCAGACAGUGUGGAUGCAACGUCUACCACUGCAGGAAAAAGACAGUGAGAAGAGGGACGAAAAGUGUGUGGAGUGUCUAUGGUCGCCGAUACCACCCAAAAGGCGAAGCUCCGUCACGCAUUUCCGUACUUUUCGUGGAACUUGGACGUGUAUUUCCUUCGCUGUUGGGAUCAGAAAGACGAGUUGGUAGAUAUGGACAGUAGGGAAUCUAUUACUGCAGGGGAAGACGCGCCGGUGUUACUAUACGCCUAGUCGGGGGAAUUGGAAACGCGCGGCUCGGGACUUUUUUUUUGCUGGAUGUUUGAUGAAGCGCCUUCCCCGUUUUGCUAACUCUGGGAGACCCUGGAUUUACAAGGAAUCGGGACCUAUCAGGAAUAUCGAUUGCAUCAGUUUCCUCGCCUCAAACGGAACUUUCUCUUUUGCAGUAGUACGCAAAACAUGGAGCCUCGACAAAGCUUCCAGCCACAUCCAGGACUGCAACAAACUCUGAAACAGUUUCAUCUGAGUUCUAUGAGUUCCCUGGGAGGUCCGGCGGCUUUCUCUGCGAGAUGGCAACAUGAUCUGCUGUUCAAGAAGGAUGCUAAAGACCCGGAGCCAGUGCUUCAUCUUCCCAUGCAGCCGCCCCCAGUAAUGCCGGGACCCCUGUUCAUCCCAUCGGACCGCUCGACCGAAAGGUGCGAGACGGUGCUGGAGAGUGAGACCAUCUCCUGCUUCGUAGUCGGGGGCGAGAAGCGCCUCUGUCUGCCUCAGAUCCUCAACACGGUGCUGCGGGAUUUCUCACUCCAGCAGAUCAACUCGGUGUGCGACGACCUCCACAUCUACUGCUCCAGGUGUACCGCGGACCAGCUGGAGAUCCUCAAAGUCAUGGGGAUCCUGCCGUUCUCGGCGCCGUCGUGCGGCCUCAUCACCAAAACGGAUGCGGAGCGCCUCUGCAAUGCCCUGAUUUACGGGGGCACAUACCCCCCGCACUGCAAAAAGGAGUUCGCCGGCUCCCUGGAGCUGGAGCUGACGGAGAAGAGCUUCAAGGUGUACCACGAGUGCUUCGGGAAGUGUAAGGGACUCUUCGUGCCGGAGUUGUACACCAGCCCCAACGCCGCCUGCAUCCAGUGCAUGGACUGCAGGCUUAUGUACCCGACCCAUAAGUUCGUGGUGCACAGUCACAAAUCGCUGGAGAACAGGACUUGCCACUGGGGUUUUGACUCCGCCAACUGGAGGGCGUACGUUCUCCUCAGCCAGGAUUACACGGGGAAGGAGGAGAAGAGGCGUCUGGAGCAGCUUUUAGACGAAAUCAAAGAAAAAUUCGACUUCGCCAACAAGUAUAAGAGGAAAGCGUCCAAGGCUCCAGACUCCAUCCCAGCCAAGAAGUCGAAACAUGAGGACUUCUCGCAUUCUCCGUCAGCUGAUAAGGAGAAGCCUUCUGAUUGGCUGCGGCCUCUCGCGGCCUCUGCAAAUAAGGGUCUCUGCCAGCCCAGACAGAGGCCGUCCGCUUUCCGGCCAUGGUCCCCCAGCGUCUCUUCCGGCGAGAAGGAGGUGCCCAGCCGACUGACAGCAGUACUUCGGGACAGCUUUUACAACUACAAAAGUCUGGAGAGUUCCGUGGCCCCCAACGUGGCCCUGACACCCCUCCCCCUGCACAAGACGGGCCAGCUCUCUCCGGCCACUCCCAGCACCUCCCACUGUACUGGUGAGGAGGCACAGGCUGAGGCUACGGGCAGCCGGUCCAGGAAGAGGAGGGCGACGGGCGACGGCCAGGUGGCUUCCGAGCCCCCCAGUGCCUCUGCGACUGCAUCAGCCGGCAGGGCCCCCCAGGAGGACAAGGACUCUGAGGUGGAGAUCGAGGUGGAGAGCCGUGAGGAAUUUACCUCCUCCCUGUCAUCCCUGUCCUCCCCCUCCUUCACCUCCUCGAGCUCCGCCAAGGACCUGAGCUCCCCGGGCACGCAGGCCCCCGCCCCCCUUCCAGAGAACCACGGGCCAGCCCUGGAGUCGGAGCUGGAGGCGCUCCGCCAGGCCCUGGAUGGAGGCCUGGAAUCCCGGGAGGCCAAGGAGAAGUUUCUCCACGAGAUCAUCAAGAUGAGGGUGAAGCAGGAGGAGAAGCUGGGUUCGGCCCUGCAGGCCAAGCGGAGCCUUCAGCAGGAGCUGGAGUUCCUGCGGGUGGCCAAGAAGGAGAAGCUGCGGGAGGCCACGGAGGCCAAGCGCAACCUGCGGAAGGAGAUCGAGCGUCUGCGCGCCGACAGCGAGAAGAAGAUGAAGGAGGCGGCGGAGUCGCGGGCGCGGCUGAAGAGGGAGCUUGAACAGGCCCGGCAGCUGCGCGUCUGCGACAAGGGCUGCGAGGCCGGCCGGCUGCGCGCCAAGUACUCUGCGCAGAUCGAGGAGCUGCAGCUGAAACUGCAGCACGCGGAGGCGGACCGCGAGCAGCUGCGGGCAGAUCUGCUGCACGAGCGUGAGGCCCGCAAGCACCUGGAGAAGGUGGUCAAGGAACUGCAGGAGCAGCUGGGCCCCAAGGACCCCCAGAACUGAAGGCUGGAGCUGGUGGGGGGGGGGACGGGGACGGAAAGGAGGACGGGCCGACUCACAUUGAAGCGGGCUGGGCCACACGUAUAGCGGAAAAGGAUCCUGCGGACAAAAGGAACAGGAAACCGGAGGACUGUAAAUUUACCGGGUGGGAAAUGUGUUACUAACAUAAGCACUGAAACGCACCUCUCAUUCAAGGAAAAAGAAUACACGUAAAUAUUGAUAAAAAAAAAUAUAUAGCACAAGAAAUUUGUUGUGCCUGUAUUUUCCCUGAAUACAAAAGACAUUCUAAAGGAAAAAAAUAAUAAUUUGGAUACAGACUUUUCUAUGAUAAAGAUUUUAAAAUAUGAUAAUACUACAGUAUGGAAAUGUUAUAAUAUGGAUUGAAAACAGACGGGGCAAGAAUGUGGGGGAGGAGCUUGUGGGGGCGGCGGCCUGAGGACACGAGGGAGGCGGGGCUCCCAGCGAGGCCACAUUGAGUGUGUUUUUUUUUUUUUCUUUCUGAAGACAUUUGAGGAAUUAAUUUUGUAAUAAGCUAUUUAAGACACUGCAUUGUGAGACUUGAGUGUAUAAAGAAAAUCAUCUUCUUUUGUGUGGAUGGAGCGUCAAAGAAAAAAAACGGAUUAAAAAAAAAAAAAAAAAAAACUUGGCAAGCAACAAGCAGGACAAAGUUUCCCACUAGUGCCACCAUCUUCUGUUCAGCUGUUGGUGUAGAUGAAGAAGCCAUCGUGAACCGCGGGGAAAAGGAACCGGCUCUCAAUUCUUUUCUGUUCGUCGUCGAUGGAUAGAGGCGACGCGGAAGGUUUACAAGAGAGAAAAGGGAUAAAAACGGACACGGUUUAUUUUGGGUGGGGAUGGGGGGAGUUUUGUGUACCGGGCACCCCUUGAGAAAGAGCACUUGCUUUAGGUAUGAACAGUACCCCCUACGCAUAACCCACACACACAGACAGCCAUGCACACGCUCCCACACAGACGCGCGCGCGCGUGCACAGAGGCCAUAGAGCAGGUCCGCGAUGGCGCCCCUCCUGCUCGCGCCCAUCAGACUCGCGGUAAACAGUCGGUAUCGAGUUCCCAGAGGCGGCUGGUGAAAGUAGGACUUGCUGCUCGCUGCAGUCACAAAAAGUCGUGUUUUUUAAAAAAUACUAUGAUUUUAGGGUUGGAUGCUGCGCCUAUAGUAAGACCCACAGAUUGUUCUUUUUUAUUUUCGGAUGUAAAUAUAAUUUUUUUUUUUUUUUUUUUUUACAAUAUGAAUCGCACUUUGUAAACCCAAGGAAAGGUUAUACUGCAGAAUAUUUUCACUCAUCCUCUUGACCUUCUCUUAUGGAAAAUUGAAACAUGAUUAUUACAACAGCAACAAAAAACAGUUAAUUUCUUCAUCCAAAUGUAACUAAUUUAAAUACCAUGUAAUUACGUGUUCAUGGGCUAAAUACUGUAAAUAAAAAUGCAACAAAAACAUGUCUAUAUGCUUGCUUGCUUAGAGCAGCCCAGUCUGGGUGUGAUAUUUGGAUCCCGUGGACAACUUGAUUUUGUAAAUGUCUAAGUUUGUGUUUAUUACUGUACCGCGAGAAUAAUUAUUGCUAUUAUUAAUAUUAUCAAUAUCAUUUAUAUCACAGUUUAUUUUGUUUCUUUUCAUUAAAAUAAAAAAGUACAAUUUGGCGAGCAGGAAGAGGACUUGUCUAUGGCUAUUGGCGCCGCGCUCUCCUAAAAUUGUGGUAUUCAUCGAUCGGAUGGUUUUUAAGUCGUAAAUAAUGCAGGGCAGCAAGAAUCGGGAAACAGAAGACGGGAAUCCUGGAAAACAUUCUGCUCACCGAAUUAUCUAGAACAUAACAUUUUAUAACUGCUCCAGAUAGACAGUGAAUACAGAGCAAUCGGAAUGUAUGUUGUGUUGAUGCUGUUUUCCUUUUGUUGUUGUAUUUGUUGUUGUUCUUGUUUUUAAUGUGUGGAUAUUUUUAUUGCUUGUCUUAUGUUUUCCUUUUCAAUAGCAAACUCUUAUAUAUUUUCUUUCAUAUGCAUGAAAUUUGAGAAAAGUCUGCCAUACAUAUUAUUCAUUAUUGGGCAUUAAUACUGUAUAUGUAAGGGUUUUGUGUUAUGCAAUAUACGGCAAACUUGUCUUUAAAAAAUCUGUAUCUUAUUAUUAUUAUUUUUUUUUUUUCAUUUUUAAAGGAAACUAAGCCUCAUUUACAUUUCAGACAUGUACCCACAAGGAGCAAACAGGAACACACGUGCAGACACAUGUAGAACCCAGGCGAGUUCAUGUACAUAUCCUGGACAACCUCGACCCUGGAUCUGGGUUUAGGGUUUCCAGAGUAAGAUCAACAAAGGCGUCUAGUUGUUUUGUUGCUGAGUCACAUGUCGUGGGUUGCCAUGGCGCGAGGCAGGCUAGCUGGGACCAUGUCCUCGCGGUACCCCAGUUGGGAGUCUGCAUGUUGUCCCUGGUGACGCAUGACUAUCUGACCUUGUCACAGGCUACGCCCCCUCACAGUAUUCCUAAACAUUCACUUUUUUAAAACCAGGCUCUGCUGAUGCAAAAUAUAAUCUGAACAAUUUUGCAUCAACAGAUUGGAUCGAUUUUGUGAUAUUGAUGCAACAUACAUUUUUUUGCCUCAGAAAUAAUGGACUUUAAUCAUAUCGAUGUAAGAUAUAAAGGCUUCUCGGCUAGAGAUAAGGGAGGCCUGUCAUGUGAGUCGCGUCCAAUCACCGCGCAGUGGACCUUUCAGAAUAAGCAGAGAGCCUUAUAUCAAACCGCCGUGUGUUAAACCACAGUACAAAAAGGCACUGUUACCGAAAGACUGACAAGGCGCCUCUAACUUCUGCAGACCACCAAUUGCAUAUCGGCAGUAAAACACAGUCCUUCUACACUAAUACAUACCUGUAGUCUCCCUUUUCGUGUUUUCUUACAUUAAAGGGGGAUGAUGUCGAUACCUGCCUGUCUCCCCUACCCCAUCUAAACUAUCUAUCAGACAGUUGAAACAAACGUAUUUUAUAAAAAGAACCUUUUUUAAAUGGAAAAACCGUACAACAGCAAUAACAGUACACGUCAAUGAAACUAGCCAGUGUAAAAAAUGAAUGAAUACAUAUUUACACGUGUAAAUAUUUUUUUUUUCAUUUUACAAUGUUGUAUUAUAAAUGUAUAUGGUGUUUCCUUUUUCAGAAAGAAAUCUUUUCUUACAGAAUAGCUGUCUUGUUUUACGAGUUGUGUUUUAACGGAGAAAAUGUUUCAAAAAUAACGACUGCAGUGCUAGAGGAGUUUCCCUCCAUAAACACGUAGUUUAUGCCCCUUCAUUUUGCAUCUUUUUUUGUAGAAUCUUUUUAUUGUAUGACUUUUUUCACCAGUCCAUAUAUAUUUUUUAACAUGAUAUGAAUUGCUGAAUGAUGCACCUUUAGUAAAGGAUGGUCACGCGGGAGGCUGAACUGAGUGCGCCCAACCUUCCCCAGCGGAGUUGUUGUCACGCCCCCCUACCCCACCCCCAUGUACCUUUUCUAGCCCUACGCUGCUGCUAAUACUAUGUAAACUUUACAACUCUAGGACUAUUUUUAUGUAAGACAUAAAUGUACGCUUUCCCGUUUAUUAAUACCGAGUAUACAGUAUGAAAACACAAAGGCUUUGCUUAUCUAUUCUGCCCCCCCACCUUGUCUUUUUAACUCCUUUUCCGCACCCCUACUGCCAACAAACACCGCUACCCCCCAAACCCCUGACCCCGCCACCCCUCCCCACAACACGGACUAUAUUGUAAAGUAAAGGACUUUAUGAGAUUAUGUUUGAAAAUAGCUAUGCUUAUAUACCACAGUGACUGAAUGUACAGUGUAUAGAUGCAUUACCAGAAAUAAAGUUGUUUGUCAA